GGUUGGGAACGCAUGGCAAAAUUUUUUUCAUGGUGAGGGCCUCACCCUAACCCCUUGGGGAGAGGUUUGGUUGGGUCUGUCUGAGGCACAGGGGGGGCAGACAGGGAGACAUCAGGUGGCCCGUGCUUGCCACCCCCACCACCGUAAACUGAGCUCAGGCUCUGUCCCCCUCUGCCCGCCUCUUCACCGUGGAGCUGCAAAACUCAAGCAUCAGACGCUGCACUCCUGUCCAGAAUGCUCCAUUGAGUGCUUUGUUUAUUUGUCAGGUGGGGCAGACAGUCUUGAGCCCUGGUGGGUGGGUAGGUGAGUGAGGACACAGGUCAGACAGAGGGGAAGGUGCCAGGACACCCUUCCCUCUCCAGGCUGACCUGAGGCAGUGGUGGCUCUUAGGUGUGGGAUGGGGUUUUUCUGGGCUGGGAUGUUAUGUCCCAUAAAGGAUAGGCCUUCGUAUCACUUAUGGGAGCACUACGGGGAGGGCAGGUCUCCCCCUAAGGUUGUUACCACUGGGGAGGCUGCAAGGACAGGAGGAGAACCUGAGGGUCAGGAGCCUAGAGGUGCACUCCAUCUCCCACUCCUCACAGGCCUUGUCUCCCCACCCCAGUGACCCACCUCCCUGUCCUGUGCCCUGCAUACCUGGCAGUCAUAGCCACCUGGCCUCCUCCAGAGAUCGAGAGGCCUUCCUUAUCUCACACCUGCCCCCACCUAUAUUGGCUUUUGGCUCUUGGCCCCGUGCUGCCCGGACUCUUUCUCCGUCUUGACGCACAGGGCCUGAGCAGUGGGGCUGCCCCCGCACUGGCUGCCUUUGGUGAGUCGCUGGGUGAAUGAGGGCAUUGCCCGGCACUCCCUCCCUGGGGUUUGGCUUCUGCCCAUGGGGCUGCAGUAGAAAUCACAGGCUGUGAGAGAGCUGGAGCCAAAUUCUCCUCAAAUCUAUUUCAGACUCUGAGCCCCUCUUCUCUUUAGGCCCCCCUAGAACCCAGCCAGUGCUUAGCCAGGCUGGGGGUCUCCGAGGAAGAGUGAGUAGGGGUUAGAGGCCCUGGGGAAGGGCCAAGGGGCAAUGUCGAGAGCCUGGAAGUCUGAUAGUGGCCCAUCCUUCUCCAUCACUCCCAGGCCCCUGCCCAGGCAGCCACAGCUCCCGACCACAACAUCCUUUGGGGUUUGGCCUACAGAGCUGGGGCGGAUGACCCCCAAAUAGCCCUGGCAGAUUCCUGUGACCCGCCCACAACAUGGUCAGGUGCCCCCCCCCACCUCGCACAGCCCGGAGGGUAUAAAGAGUGCUGGAGGCUGGAAGGGGCAGACCAGCUGAGCCCUGGACAGCAGCCCUAACGCAGCCACCGGCGAACACACCAUGAGAGCCCUCACACUGCUUACUCUGCUGGCCCUGGCCUUGCUUUGCCUCGCUGGACUGGCAGGUGCAAAGCCCAGCAGUGCAGAGUCUGACAAAGGUGCAGCCUUCAUGUCCAAGCAGGAGGGCAGUGAGGUGAUAAAGAGACCCAAGCGCUACCUGUAUCACUGGCUGGGAGCCCCAGCCCCCUACCCAUACCCGGAUCCCCUGGAGCCCAAGAGGGAGGUGUGUGAGCUCAACCCGGACUGUGACGAGCUGGCUGACCACAUCGGCUUCCAGGAGGCCUAUCGGCGCUUCUAUGGCACAGCCUAGGGCAUCCGUCCUGCUGGCCCAGCUGGCAGCCCCAGCUCUGGCUCCUCACCGUGUCCCUUCCCUUCCCCUCACCCUGACCUCCCUGCCCUACGAGUGUGGGGUCCCCAUCAUCCCAGCUGCUCCAGAAUAAACUCCAGAAGAGGAAUUGGUGGGCC